AUGUCUGGUUCAACAGUUGAGCACUUUAGCCACCCCGAGCACCCUCUGAGAUUGAAAGAGGAUGAUAUUAUUGAAGUUGAUGCUAUCUGUUCUCUUUGCGGCGAAUCCGUUAUUGGCUUUCCUACAUAUACAUGCACUAGCAACAAUAUCGGUUGUCAGAGUUUCUACCUCCAUAAGAGCUGUGCUCAACUUCCCACACAAAUUGUUCGCCAUUUGAAAGACCCACACCCGCUUGCUCUCCAACCACGGUCUUCGAGUUGCCGUUGUGAUAUUUGUCUUCGUCCUGCUGUGAAUUUCACUUAUGGAUGUGAGGAUUGUGAUAUUGACAUAUGUGUCAUUUGUGCUUUUGGUUCUAAAGACAGAGUGAUUAGUCAUCAAGGUCAUCCAGAGCACACACUCACACUGCAGAGGCAAGCUUUGUUUAGCUGUAAUGCUUGUUACGAGAGAACCGAAGAUUAUUCCUAUGUAUGCCUCCCCUGUGAUUUCUGGAUCCACAAAAAGUGUGCUGCUUCUCCACCAAUCAUUCCAGCUCCUACUUAUCACCAUCAUCCCCUCACUCUUAUCUUCUCUGUUCCACUCCAGCAUCGCUACUUCUUUCGUGACUGCGCCGUCUGCAAAGAAUGGAUUCCAACCCGCAGUUGGUCAUAUUACUGUCACAAAUGCACAUUCUUUGUGCAUUUAAAUUGUUCUACGUCCACAAUAUCUUUCCAAGACGAGAUGGAAGAAAAUGCCAUCGUUCAUAAUGGUUCUGAUUUGGUACAAUUUCCUCUACCGGGCGUGGAAUCACUAUUUGAUCUUAUUAUUACCAGGGGACAUUGGAGUCACGAGGAGCAUCCACUAGAACUGCUCCAGUUCACUGUUAGUUGGGAUGAUAACGACGAAGAUGAUAACAAUGAAAAUAAUGCUGAUAAAAGGGCGUCGAUAUGUGAUGGGUGCGUUCAACCCAUAACGAUUUCUCAUCCAAGUUACUAUGCGUGUGUGGAAUGUGGUUUCUUCCUCCACUCCUUCUGUGCCAAUAAGCUGCCACCUACUCCACGAAUGGGUUCUACUAUGAAUGUAAGACUUGUGAUAUCAAGGUCGAUAUCGGCUGUGUAUUCUUGCCCACGAGAAUUAGGCAUCAAUCUCACAAACACCACUCCCUCAUUUAGCGCCCAUCCACCAGAAAAUAUUGUUGUGUAA